UCUGUUAGCGGCGUCGGUGCCUUGUUGCCAUAACAACCACAUGUUAUCUGUUGAAACAUUGAAAGAAAGACCGUAUGGUACAUGUGUUUGUUUAAAAAACGAGCAUUUUUCGUUUGUGCCAUAUAAAGUUGAAAUCUCUAAAAUGAGUUCUUGUUUGGUACCAGAGUGCCCAGCCGUUUUGGUUGCUUUGGAACACUUGCACGAAAUUGAGAAACAACUUAAAAAUGAAGGGCUUGGUUUCAGCGAGGAGGCGUGCCAGCACCUUUGUGAAAUUGCAGGCGCCAUCACCGAACUGGAGCAGUCCAGGAGAGAAGUGCAUGAACAACUAGAAGUAGAAAGUAUUGAAACAAGUAAACUAAGAUACAAAGUGCUGCGCUUUCCUGAUGAGAUUGAGAAAGAAAUUGCAGAUGCAGUGACUGGUGCACGGGAUUCAAAUGUUAUACAGUUAAAACAGUUACAGGCUGACAUGAGGAAGGUCAUGGAGGACAUGGAAUUCAUGGAAAAGAAGCAACAACUUCUUGAAAAAACAAAUCUCCUGCUUUUUCCAGAGAGAGAGCGUAUAAGAGCUGAACACGAAGAUGCUAUUGACACCCUGAACAACAAACUGUCAGAGAAAGCAACAAAACAGAUCAUCCUCAAUGAAACCUAUAACAAAAUGCAAGACUUGAAGGAACAGCUAGUAAAUGUGAACAAUGCCUUUGAAGACUUGGAGCAAGACAUGACACGAGAAAGAAAGGACUUUGCAGAAAGCAAGAAAAAACUAGAAAGCAAUGUGGCUGAAACAGAAGGUCAAAUACAAAAUCAGAAAGCAGAGAAUGCAAAAAAGAUAAAAGAGCUUCGUUUUGCGGGAGCAGAGUUAUUUGAUAAAGAGGAAGUAAUUUCCGAAAAGCAGAAGUGUAUUCAACGAUUACAAAAAAGCAUUGACCAACUAAAAGCAACAAGUGUGCAGAGAAGAAGUCAGCUUGCUCAGGAACAGAAGAUGGGUGAACAGCAAACCAAUCAGAAUGAAAAUCUUGAUGAAGAAUUAAUUGCAUUGACUGAAGGAUUUAAGAUAGAAUCUCAAGCUCUCUGUGAUAAAAUCGUACAGGUUGACGAGGAAAUGAGACAAGUUGAGGAGAUUAAUCUUGUACACCGGCAGAUGAUCUUGAGUCAGACUGAGAACUUUCAGGCAGUGAGAGCAAGAGAAGAUGUUGUGCUGGCAUUCCAUAUGGAUGAUACAAAACUGCUAGAAGCAUCAGAACAUGCUCUUGAAGAAAAACUUGAAAAUGUUGCCAAGCUCAAAAUGGAAAUCAAAGAAAUCGACGAGGAAAAAAAGAGACUAGAAGAAAGCAACGAAAUUAACAUGGAGAUGCAUAGAAGAAAAUUGGAUGAACUCAAAGAACAGCUGGUGAAAGAACAAAAAAAGAGGUUACUGUUUGAGGUUAAACAGGAGGAACUGAGCAAUGAGCUUGAAAGAUGGAAGCAUGCACAUACAGAGUAUAUUGAAGAAAUUAACACAAAUAUCGAGUUGAACAAGAAUAAAUGUGCUGAACUGAUUGAUGAGCAUACAAGUCUUCAGCUAGAUAAUAUAAAGAUGAAUGAAGAAACAGAAAACUUACAAAAGGCAAUACACAAAACAGAAAAGAGGUAUACAAUUAUGGAAGAGUCCUUAACUGCAGACAUCUCAAAUAUAGUGAGUGAAGUGAAAUUAAUAAAGGAAAACCUACUCCAAAAGGAAAAACAACUUGUGAUAAGCCACAAAGUCCUACAGCAGGUUGAGGCAGAGAAUGAAGCAGAACGGUGUAACUAUGAGGAAAUCAAGAAACAAACCACAGAGUUAAAAAGUAGGAAGAAUAAUUUAGAAUUAUCCAUUGAUCAGAUAAAGGCAGAAACAAAAUGCAUUUUGAAGGCAAAGGAAGCACUUAAAGCUGAACUUAAUGCAAUGAAUGCAAAGCACUUUCAACAGCUGAAAAAUCAGGCAGCAGCCAUAAACAAAACUGAGGAAUGUAUUUACAAGUCAGGUUCAAUGCUUGAACAGAUCAACAUGGAAAACAGCAGGUUACACCUGUGUAAUGCAAAAAUGAAAGAGGACAUCUAUACUAUGAACAAAGAGGCAGAAAAACAUAUGAAGGAAACAGAACAGUUGCAAGAGGAUAAACAUGAGUUGUUAAAUUUCCUCCUACGUCAGUGGGCUGCACACAACUCUGUGGAGGCGGAGUAUUUAGAGCGUGACCAAUGUGUUCUUGAUGACCUUCAGGAGCUCCUGAUGAAAAUUGAGCAAAGAGAACAGAAAGUUAAAGAAAUUCAUGAUAAACUACAGGAUGAGGAGAAUGGAAUGGCUUCCCUUUUAGGGAAAAUCUCCACUUCCCCAAAAAAAAUUUCAAAUAAUGAAUAAGGGAAAAACAAAUGAGGGUUUAUGUUUUGAAAGGUGUCCAUUUGCAUUGCUUCUAAUGGUUUAAAAUAAACAGCAUGUAUGUUCUUAACAGACAUGUUUAGCAUAUAUUUUUUUCAAAUAUUUUAUAUUGUUAUAAUAUUAAAGUCUAGGAAGAACUCAUCAGAAUAAACCCAGUCCCAAAUGUUUUCGGUUUUGUGGCAGUAAAACAAAACUGCAUUUUUAUUACCAUUAAACCAUGGCAAUGUAUUUACCAUCCUCUACUUGAUUUGGGAAUCCCCACACAAGAUUGAAUUGCUUUCAGUUAGUUUAAAUAUAUUGCUGCAUGAUAUUUCAGAGUAAAAUUCUGCAUGUCGAUUACAUCAUAUGAACUUAACUGAUUGCCACCUGCUACCUGUUCUAGUUACAGUAUUUAAAUUCAUAAUGGAGGCAACAAAAUAGACAACUGUGUUUUUGUGAACUUACUUUUACAAAAUUCUUUGAAGUCGAAUGUUUUUGUGCACCUGGCCUAGAAUGUCCCAGAUGUGCUAUUUUGUGAGCAUAAAGAUUCUCAUUCUUUAAUGCUUAAUUGUUAUAC